UUACAUUCGUUGUCUUCGAAGAAAUCACCCCUGCUCUCUCUAAUCCCUCAACCAAUACACUCCUUCACAAUGCUCUCCAAGAUGCAGCUCGCCCAGCUGGCGGCUUUCGCCCUCUCCGCCGAGGCCGCCUACCAGGGCUUCAACUACGGCAACAUGUACUCUGACGACAGCUCCAAGUUCCAGGCCGACUUCGAGGCCGAGUUCAAGGUCGCCAAGUCCCUCGUCGGCACCUCUGGCUUCACCAGCGCCCGUCUCUACACCAUGAUCCAAGCCUACACCACCGACACCCCCAUCGAGGCCAUCCCCGCCGCCAUCGCCCAGGACACCUCCCUGCUGCUGGGUCUGUGGGCCUCCGGUGGUGACAUGACCAACGAACUCGCCGCCCUCAAGUCCGCCAUCUCCACCUACGGCGAGGAGUUCGGCAAGCUCGUCGUCGGUAUCUCCGUCGGCUCGGAGGAUCUGUACCGCAACUCCGUCGAGGGUGUCGAGGCCGACGCCGGGGUCGGUGUCAACCCGGACGACCUCGUCGAGUACAUCAAGGAGGUCCGCGCCGUCAUCGCCGGCACCUCCCUGGCCGACGCCCCCAUCGGCCACGUCGACACCUGGGACUCGUGGGCCAACACCUCCAACGCCGCCGUCGUCGAGGCGGUCGACUGGCUGGGCUUCGACGGCUACCCCUUCUUCCAGAGCACCAUGGCCAACGCCAUCACCGACGCCAAGGCCCUGUUCCUGGAGUCCGUCGAGAAGACCAAGGCCGUGGCCGGCGACAAGGAGGUCUGGAUCACCGAGACCGGGUGGCCCGUCAGCGGCGACUCCGAGGGCGAGGCCAUCGCCUCCAUCGAGAACGCCAAGAUCUACUGGGAUGAGGUCGGCUGCCCUCUGUUCGGCAACACCAACACCUGGUGGUACAUCCUGCAGGACGCCAGCCCGACCACCCCCAACCCCAGCUUCGGCAUCGUCGGCAGCACCCUCAGCACCACCCCCCUGUUCGACCUGACCUGCAACACCACCACCUCCGCCUCCUCGUCCGCUGCCGUCGCCUCCGCCACCGCCUCCGCCUCCGGCAGCGCUGGCUCCAAGCCCGCCGUCAUCACCACCGCCACUGGGGCCGCCGGCGCCGCCGGGGCCAAGCCCACCUUCACCGUCGGUCGCCCCGGGGUCAACGGCACCGCCCACGGCAACGGCACCUACUCCCUGAGGCCCAGCGGCUCUGCGUCCGGCGCCGGUGCCAUCGGCUCCGGCUCUGCCAGCGGCUCCUCUUCCUCCGGUAGCUCCAGCGGCUCUGGCUCUGGCUCCGGCUCCGGCUCCAGCUCCACCUCCGGCAAGUCCUCCUCCUCGUCCGGCAGCGCGGCCGCCGCUUCCUCCUCCGGUCUGUACACCGGCGGUGCCAGCGGGCUCUCCGCCUCCCUCUCGGGCGCCGUGGUGGCUGUCUUCGCCGCCCUGGCUGCUCUGUAAAUGUGACGGUGACGACGGACGGAGUUCUUUCGCGCACGCCCCGCGAGGGUGGAGUGCGUGGUGUAGGUUCCGGUGUUCGGUCUUUUUCUCUUCUUGAUACAUAUUUGCCCCCUCUUUUUCAAAACUUUGCCUUUCUUUUUUUUUGUGUGUGUGUGGCGCUGGCCCUGGUUGGGUCGGACCCGGAUGAUAGACAAAUGUUAAUUUAGACUUGGAUCUUUCAUGCUCGUCCCCCCCGCCGAGAGACAGGAUCACCGCGCGAGUUGCAAUGGACCGACCGAUGUAUAGCCGGGGUGCUUUGUGGAGCUGUCGUGUAGACUGCCGUAGUCGAUCUUCCCGAGCGACAGGGGGUCGAAAUGACGUGCCCCACGGGGUCC